AUGAUUAAAAUAUUAACAAAUAUAUUAAUCAUUAUCUUGUCACACAUUUGUCACUCACAUCCUACGAUAACGGAAUAUUAUGAUAUAAAUGAGGUAAAUAAGUUAUCGCUCGUUGAGCUUCAAAGAUCGAGAUUUGAACUGGCUCUACAGUCGAAUUUGCAGAUUGACGAGUACGGACUGUUCGACUUCUCGCACCCUUUGAACGGAAGAGCAGUGAGAAUAUGCGGACUCCUGAUACCGAGGGACAUAGAAGUGUACCUGAGGAUCCUGUCGUCCCCAGUGCUGCAUAAUCCGCCGUACAACCUGUCGUUCGGAAACGACGAAAGGCUGAUGAGACACCUCGGGUUCGUGAAGGGAGUAGUGAGGCUGCCACAAUCGGGAGCAGCAUACAAAAUGAUACAGAGAAUACUGAAGAACCACGUAUCCUCGCUGACGCUGGUGAAGGACUUCUAUAAGCCGAAGCAGACGUGGCCGACCUACCUGGACAACAGAGCAGCGUACACGAACCUGUGGAAACACGCAACGAACCUGUUCACAGUGAAACUGCACGCAGACCGCAAAACGUACUACUCAAUCGAAGGAGACAUCUAUGUGUACAAGUACUACGUCUUCUUCGACCGCACGAAGUUCCAGGACCUGGCGCUGCUGCUGGGAUACUGGAACAUCGACAAGAUAUCGAUCCCAGAAUACCUGGUGAAGGAGUUCGAGAACGAGCUGAACAACGUGAACAGGUCGAAUUACCCGAAGGACUUCUUCACGAAGCUCGGAGAAUUCGAAGAUCAACUUAAAAUGACAGGGACAGUUAGAAAAAACAUGGAAGAAGGGAACGAAAGGUUCAGCGUGGAAGAAGUCAGUUUGCGCGAAUUUAUGGAAGAGUUCCGAAUGCCAGGGGUGACUGCAGAAAACUCUGGAGCAGAAAGCACAGGCGUCGAAAGCACCGGUGCAGAAAGUGCGGUGAGUCAUCAGGAAGACGCCGCAGUGAAGGAACUACCAAAUGCAGAAGCUGUUGAUCAACGGGGAUCAGAAAGUGACGACAACCUUUCACAGUCAAGUACACCAGAGGAAUCGAAAGAGAAAAGGAGUCAAUCUGAAAGCGUUACAAAAUCAGCAAGUGAAACUGAAAGCAUAACAAAAUCACCGAUGAAUCAGCAGUACAGCACGACAAUAAGCAUAAUAGACUGGGUCGGAGGGUUGACCUGGGAAGAGGCGAUGACGAUGGAGUCCCAGAGAGCAGCAGAAGUGCUGAUCAAGAUACUGUACAAGACGACGAGGAACAUGAUGAAGUCGCACAACAUAGACGUGGACCUGAUACAGAAGGAAAGAGUGCUGCUGUACAAAACGACAUUCUACUCGUAUUGGACGAAGAAGCUGAGGAACCUGAUCAACAGCCGCAGGCUCCUGGAAAACAGGUUCGACGACGUAUCGCUGGACGAGGAGGCGGAGGAGAUCCUGUUCGAGUCAGGCUCGAGGUACAAGGUGUACUGGAACCUGAAGAACGACUCGCUGUACAACAGGAAGACAGUGUCGGACAAGUCGGCACAGGACAUAGACCAGAGCCUGCUGGACCUGCUGCUCUUCGAGCCGAGCAAGUUCUACAACAAGCUGAUCAACAUAUCGGGAGACGCAAUUAACUUUCAGCAGGUGUACCAGAUACUGCUGGCGCUGACCCAGGACACGACGCAGUACACGCCGAAGUCGCUCUUCAGCGCAACUGAGCGGAGCGCGUUCCAGGGGGAAGGAAUUAAGAACAGAAUGAUCGUGAACGCGAAGAGCACGACGAAGUCGAGGAACGUGACGGGCACGUUGAACAAGGUGCUGGAGCAGUACAGCAGCCUCCCGAGCAACGUGAACAACAUACUGCGAGGCAGAGCAAAGUGCCUGAUGGCAUUCCUGUACCUCUUCGGAGUGACGGACUCGAAGGGAACAGUGGGCUUCCCGAACGGGUGGCCGCGCGACAUAAAGAGGUCGAUCUCGCUCCUGAUAGCGGGAAUAUCGUCCCCGUGCGGCCUGUGCAACACGCUCGUGGGCUUCCUGGCGUCGAUAGGGUUCCCCCCAGUGUCGAACAACAUCUACGCCUGGGAAAACAGAAAGAGCGACGACGAGACGACAGUGUACCAGCUGAUAUCAGGGAACCUGUACAGCUCAUUUCUGAAGAAAAACGCAGACGCAGGAGAUGAGAAGAAGGGAGGGCGUGUAAAAGAAAAAGCCUCGAUUAAAAUGGAUAGUAAGAAGAAUAAACCUGAAAAGAAAAAUAAGAAGGACAAAUCAGAUAAGAUUGACUCGCCACUGAUAGAGAGUGGGGGAGUGGUAGACAGAAGUGGGUACGACCUGCCACUGCUGUGUUACCUGAGCGGAAGUUACAAGAACGACGAGCUUUCGAGCCUGGCCUACAGCUACUACAUACACAGCGGCAUAGGAAACUCGAGCAGGACGUGCCAAAACUCGGCACAGUCGUCAAUCAACAGGUCCCCGAAAAACGUGGGCAUGAUGUGCCUGGACGCAAUCCCGUACGUGAUAGAGUCAGCUAAGUCCUCAAUGAAGAAUAAGCACGACCAGGUGCACGAGGCGAGCGAGGAGUACAAGAGCAAGAGGUACGCGGAGUUCAUCAAGAAGCUCUCGCACAUGGGCGACUCGGACGGCCUGAGGAUGAUGGGCGACUUCUACUACACGGGCCACGAGGAGGGAGGCAUAAGGAGGAACUACCAGCAGGCGAUUAACUUCUGGUCGAGAGCGGCGGAGUCGGGCGACGCGCCCUCGGCCUUGGCGAUCGCACACCACCACCUGUCGAACAUAUCGACUGACGACUCGGGACACUCGGCAAUGCAGGCGGAGCGGUACCUGAGAAUGGUGCUGAAUUCGUCGUCACCAAAUUCAAGCAGCUUCAGCACGGCAAACUUUUACCUAUACAGACACGGGCUGGGGCAGCCGAGAGACCCAGCGCUGGCGGCAAGGUACCUGAGAGAGUCGGCGGACAGAGGAGACGUCAACUCAAUGGUGCUCAUGGGCCACGCGUACGCAGGAAUACUGACGGACGUGACGCCGCCGGAGGGAAGGAACAUCUUCAUGUCCUUCUACUACUAUCGCAGAGCAGCGCAGUCGGGAAACAUCGUGGGCCUGUUCAACUCAGCAGUCUUCACGCUCCACGGCUACGACCUGGAGUACACAAACGCACUCGACAGGUGCAACGAGGCGUACAAACUCUUCUCGCGAGUCGCGAGGAUGGGCACGAUGGCGACAGUGCUGCGAGUGCUCGCGAAGAGAGCGAAGCGCAACAACGACAAGAUCGGACACGUCCUCAUGAACAUGAUGCUGAGCGAGUUGGGCGACUCGAACGCACACAGAGAGCUCACGAAGCACUUCAAGACGAACUCGGUCUUCUGCUACACGCAGAACCUGGACCCGGACAUCACGUCCCCGUCCACGCUCUACAGCUCCAAGAACAUGAGUAACGCGAGCAACCCGAUCACCUUUAAAAAGUUCCAGGCGUUCCAGAACCUGCAGAAGUCGGUGCCUCUUGAGUCGAUCGAGACACUCGCAGAGCCGACGCCGCACAACUCAACCAUGGGAAACAUGGGAGCGAACACGACGCUGACGGGUAACGUCACGAACAUGAGCACGGUCACCUACCCGGACAGGAACGAAGUGACGAGGAUGAGCAGAGAGAUCAGGAUGCUCAACAUGGUGCGAGUGACGGAGCAGCCGGACGACCCGGAGCCGGACCUGGGGAACACGAGCAUGUGGACGCGGGACGAGUCGCAGAACGUGUCGAUCUUCGACUCGCUGCUGAAGUCGACCAGCUCAUUCAAGGACGCGGAGGACGGAGAGUCCGAGAACGGGGGCUCCGCGGAAAGGGACGCGAGGGACGCCAGCGUACUCAGCAAAAGCGACCGGGAGGCCGCCGCCACGGUCGACUCGACGAAACGCGCAGGCGGCGCCGACACACAAAGGCGCGCCGCACCGGAUGCUAACACACGAACACAGCACACAGACAAGUCACACUCACACACCGACGCAACACACACCACUGACGCCGGCGCCCCGAGGAGGCCCAGCUCGAGCGAGGGCAGCUGCUACUACUACUACAGCCGCAGGGGCGCCUACUCGCCGCAGAACUCGACGCCGCUGCUGCUGGCCGAGGCGCUGCUCAGCGGGCGCCCGUGGCUGCCCUCCGAGGCGCUCUUCUGGGCUAAGCGCUCGAAGGAGUCCGAGAGCCUCAAGGGCAGCUACAUGUACGCGACCAUGCUCGAGGCGGGCAUCGGGGCGCCCAAGAACUGCCAGAUGGCCUUCGGCAUCUUCAAGAACUUCAUGUCGAGCAAGUCGCGCGGCGAGCGCAUCCUCGGGCUCGCCUGCAUCCUCCGGAACCGCAUCAUCAGCAGGCUGCGCUACCCGGCCUUUCUGCGCAGCUUCCUCGUGCGCCUCAUGUACGACUCGUACGCGCACUCUGCGCUCGUGAGCCGGGGCUACACGCCCUGCAACUUCGAGUUCCUGGAGCUGGACAGCCUCCCACCCGUGGGCCUCCACAUUUUAAGCGUUCUCUACCUCGUGAUGGUGGCCUUUGCACUCAUAGUGUACGUGAAAAUAUUUUCAUCCUACUAG